GCUGAAUUGUUUAGAGCGUGAUUGACUUGAACUCCGGGCCUUGUAAUUGGAAUAUGGCGCCUUUGGUCUUAUAAAUCAUAUUUUGUUAGAAGAUGAAGUGAGGAACACCAAAGUAGACAUGCCAUUGUUUUUAUCUGGGGACAGAACAAUGGUCUUCAAAGGGUGAGGGGACUUUCAGCAGAAGGGUUUCAAGAGAAACCAAGAGGAUUUUGAUGAAUCUGUUCAAUUGAAUUGGUGGAUAGAAAAUGGGUUGUGCUUCUUCCAAGAUACUAACCAGGUCGGGAAGCUUCCAACAGGAGGUGAAGCAAAGCAAACAGAGGAAAACUAAUGGGUUAGAGGAAUUGCUCGUCUCAAAGGAUGGAGGAGACAAAUUUCUUGCUCUUCUCUGCACUGCAAACACAGUGGCUAGGAGGAUCAAGUCAUCAUCACUGAGAGAGGCAACAAUUGAGCCCGCAAAUUCCAAAACCAUGGACCUUGAAGAGUCUGAUAGUACUGCAAAUCCAGAAAAUGAGCUCACAAACAUAGAAACGAUUAAUGCAUGGGAGUUGUUGGCUGGCUUGGAAGAAGGUAAAGAAGAAGGACAGCAGAAGCAGAGGGAGCAUCACCAUAAUGUGGAAAGUUCUAACAUUGAUAAGGAUGGAGAUUACAAGUUCAUUGGAGGCAAUGACUCGAUACCGUCAACAAGCUUCAGUUUGAUCGAAGAUAACAACAAUGGUGCGGUCACACAAACUAGAAGCAUCCUCACAGUGGAGGACUAUGAUGCAAUGGUGGCAGGAAAUUACUCGUUGGAGGAAGGAAAGUACAUGACUAAAACUUGUAGGAGCACAGAUGUUCUACUUCCUACAGGUUCAGAGAGCUUGAUAAGGGAAUGUUCGACAAACUCUGUGAUGAUGGAGGACAAUGGUGUUGAACAAGAGGAGAAGCAUGAAGAAUUGGAGGUGAAAAGCAUUGGAACAGAAGCUGGUGUCCAGGAAAAUGUAGAUGUAAAACCUGACCAAAUGAGUGAAAAGGGUGCCAAGAGAAAAGCAAUGGCAAAGGAGCUCACAGCUCUCAAAGUUCCAGGUUUCGAAUUCUCGAGGACUGGAAGUCUAAGAGAGUGGCUUAAACUAGGAGGCCAAGUGUUCUCCCCGGGUUCUUAUGUCACACCAAAGUUUGGCAAUUUUGUCUCACAAGAUCCCGGAUAUGGAGAAACAGGGUGUGUCCAUAAUGUCUUUGAUCCAGAUUUGAUAGAACAGUUUGAACAGGCCAUGAAGCAACUAACAAUGGAAGAGGAGUUCGUCCUUAAACAGAUUAUAGAGAGCUUGGAGGAUGGCCAUGAGGGAGACAUUUCGAGGGUGGAAGUGUCUGAAGAACACAUACAAGUAUAAAAUAUAAGUUUAGAUUGAUGAUCGGAGUGAAUCACAGAAAUAUGAAUGCCAUAAAUGUUGUAAUAUUUUUGUAAUUAAUACAGAUCUUUCAUCUCCAAAAAAUUUUAGGAUAUUUAAGGUAAAGUUCUGCAUCGAUUUAUACUUCAUAAAAUAGUUUGCAAUUUCUUAUGGAUGAAGUAUAAUAAAAUCAGUGAUGCAACAGUUGAUGCCAAAACAAAAAUGUUGCCUCAACAAAGAAACCUAUGUCCACAGGGCUCAAGAAGUGUAAGCAAAGCAAGUCUCAAAUGCAACAUCUGAUUGACAAAAGGAAGAAAGCUGAAGUGGUGGGCUGGUUGUUUAAUGUGCUCUAAUACUGAAUUGCCACCCUAGAUUGUGAUGUUUAGAUAUGUUCAUGUUCAUCUUUUUCUGAUCUGAAAAACUAUAACCAAGUUCUAAUGCUUGUUUUUCUUCCUCUUCU